AUGGCACUCAAAACCCUAACCUCCACCCAUUCUCUCCUCCUCCUCCUCCUCCUCCUCGGCUUCUCAACCGCUUCCACCCCUCGCCCCCACCCCCGGCCAUGCAAGCGAAUGGUCCUCUACUUCCACGACAUACUCUACAACGGCCACAACUCCCACAACGCCACAUCCGCGAUAGUGGGAUCGCCGGCCUGGGGCGACAGGGUCACCCUGGCCGGCCAGAACCACUUUGGGAACGUCGUCGUUUUCGACGACCCCAUCACUAUAGACAACAACCUCCACUCACCGGCCGUGGGGCGGGCCCAGGGAUUCUACCUGUACGACAAGAAGGAGAUCUUCACUGCGUGGGUAGGGUUUUCUUUCGUCUUCAACUCGACGCAGCAUAAGGGCUCCAUCAACUUUGCCGGGGCAGAUCCGUUGAUGAACAAGACGAGGGAGAUCUCGGUAAUCGGUGGAACGGGAGAUUUCUUCAUGACGAGGGGAGUGGCGACGCUCAUGACGGAUGCGUUUGAAGGAGAGGUUUAUUUUAGGCUUCGUGUUGAUAUUAAUUUGUAUGAGUGUUGGUAGAAAUGUUAUAAGUAUAUUUGAUGAAUUUAAGGUUUUUUUUGUUAUGUUUGUUUGAUUUUUUCACAUCAAAUUGUAACAACUCUUAUUUUGGCUAAAAUAAGGACAAGACAAGGCAAAUUAUUCAUGAUUUUUA